CUUCCUGUGGAAGCUAUGGGGUGUGGUGCUUUGAACCAACAAUGCAAAGAGGUCAAACUUGUCAACAAGGAGGGAAAGUCAUGGACUGCGCGCUUCGGAUUUAGCGAAUCAGACGGCGCAUAUUACAUCAGCAGAGGGUGGAGAAAGUUCUGUCGUGAUAACAGAUGCACCAACGGAGAUUUGUUUGUGUUCAACGUGGUUGGAGACGGGACGACAACUCCAUUACUGUGUGUAUGUCCGGAAAGGAAGGAGUGUACUGAACUACUGAUCAAGCACUUCAGCAGAAUCGAUGGUAGCAUUGCUUCUACCUCACGAAAUUAGAUGGCUCUUUUGCGGUCUUUCCUCUCUAUCAUCUUAACUUGUUUCUUUUUGUUUCAUUAGCAACUUAUCAACUUAUGUAUUUCGGUUUGUAAAACUUGAAUGGUUUUUCUAUGUGAACUUUUAUCCUAAGUUAAACAUUCUCGAACUUAA